GGCAGAGCCUAAUGCAGUCGAUCAACAUCUAGAAUCACUUCCAGCAAAGAAAGAAGCACAAGGUAGUAGAUUUAUACCAUAGAAUACUACCUAGUAACCAUAGAAUCCACACGAAAUGCUAUUACCAUGGAUGACUGGCGCGAAAUCGACUGAAAAGUGAGUCCAUAGAGCUAACAAUCCCUCUUCAAAUGGCAAUGGGUGUUCUUUAUGAUGGAAACUUUAUCAAUGUUACUUUCUAAGCACAGGGGAGUGCUCGGACAUUCGAAGCUUCUCAGUCAAAAAGGUUUUAAGGAUAAGGAGGCAUAGCUCGCUCUGCAUUGUUUCCUCAAUGGGGCCCUCAGAUCCAUCAACAGCUGUAAUCGAAGGCAAUGCAGCAAUGCCCAGCGCAAGCAUGACACCUGGCAGCUCCUCCUCCUCCGUUGAGAGCUCAGCCAAGGGAUCUUCUGAGAAAGCAUCAACCCUGAGUUUCAACAACCUCUUUGUGAGCAUCCCAUCAAAGCUGGCUGCCGAUGCUGAUAGCAAGAACUCUCAACAGAAAAAGAAGGCGGCAUCACUGUGGCGUCAUUGUGGGUUGACACCUGGCGCGGGGACGAAGCCCAUUUUAGAUGGGGUGUCAGGAACUUUGCGGGGGGGUGAGCUGACAGCCAUUCUGGGCCCCAGUGGCGCGGGGAAGACCACGCUCUUCGACGCGCUUAUGGGGAGGGCUCAUGGCAGAGGGGGCAAGGUCUUCUUGGAUGGGCGACCCUUUGACGAGAGCCUCCGGGAUCUCACAGCUUACGUCACUCAGGACGACACCCUAUUUCCGUUCCUGACCGUUCGCGAGAACCUGACGUUUGCGGCGGCAGUCAAGAUGCCCUCUUGUGAUCCAUGGGCUGAGAAGCAACGCCGCAUCGAGGAGGUACUGGAGGAGCUCAGCCUCGGGGAAGUUGCCAACAGUCUGAUCGGCGGUGUUUCGAAUCGGGGGGUUAGCGGAGGGGAGCGGCGGCGGGUGUCGAUCGGGGCAGGAAUCGUGCACCGGCCGUCUGUGAUUUUGUUGGACGAGCCACUUUCCGGACUCGACAGUGCACAUGCUUUCAAGGUUGCGAGCCACUUACGGACCAUGGCGCGUGCGGGUGCCAUUGUCGCGAUGACAGUGCACCAGCCUAGUUUGCGCAUCAGCUCCAUGUUCGACCACAUACUCGUUCUAGCACACGGCCAGGUGAUGUUUGCCGGGGCGCUAGGCGACAUUCCGGGCCGAAUCAGCGCCCUGCGGUCGCCAGAGACGGCCGCAAUCUCCGGCGACUUGACUGAAAGCAAGUCCGCCUUAGAGUCGCCCGAUAGCGCAGUCCCCUACGGCAAUUUUAUUGAGGAGUAUCUCGAGCUGUUGCUCGACAAGGCGCUCGAGGCGCCCGGGGGAUCCCCCGGGGCCGUUCCCGGCGAGAAAGCCGUCAGUCAGCCUGCGCUCGGGGAAGCUGCCCCGGCGGAUUCCGAGGCAAAAGAGUCUGAAAACGGCUCCGCUGGGCGGGAAAUGGCUGCCGGAACCGGAGCGGCCGGAAACACCGAUCAAGGUGACGGAAUCCCGUUGGCGGCCCCCCGCCGCAUCUCGGCAUAUGCGAACGGGCACGUUCGGGAGGUCGUGCUCCUCGUCUGGCGGAAUCAGCUCAUCCAGUUGCGGACGCCCGAGUUGUUCGCCGUAAGACUCAUGCUGGUCACGGGAAUAGGCAUCCUAGUCGCCACACUCUUCAAGGACCUCUCCCCCACGCCCGAAGGUCUCCGGAGCACCUUUUCAUUCGUCGCCACGUGUCUCGCCGUCGCGUAUUUCGAGUCCAAUAACGCGCUGCCACAUGUCAUCGAAGAGAGGGUGAUUGUCGGAAAGGAAACGUUUCAGAAACUCUACAGGGUUUCAUCCUACGUCAUCGCCAAUACGGUCAGCGGUAUACCUAUGUCGGCCGUCCUGGCGCUUAUUUAUACGCUGGAGGUUUGGUGGAUUGUUGGGCUGUUAGGUGGCGCCCCCGCUUUCAUGUACACGUGGCUGAUCCUCUUCCUGUGUUUCACCGUCGGCGGCUCGUUUGCUUCCCUCGCCGCCUCUCUAGUUCCCAGCUUCACCAUCGGAGUCAGCCUGGUGAUCACCGUUAGCUUCGGCCUGUUUCUGGUCUCCGGGUACUUCCAAAACGGCAACGCGUUGCCCUCCUAUUGGCUGUGGCUGCAUUAUCUGUCACUUUAAAUAUCCUUACGAAGCAAUAUUGAUACAGCAACUUGAGCGGAUCUCUUGCGUUCGCUCGCCACCAGAUGGGAGCCUAUGCUUAGGCGAUGGGGCAGAGGUGUUAGAACAACAAGGGAUCACUCCCAUUUCGAAAGGGGGCUUCGUGGGCAUUUUAAUAGCGUUUGCGGUCGUGUAUAGGAUCUUGUUUUAUGUCGUGCUUCAAAUCAGGUUGGCCGCGAAAGCUUUCUAGCAUGAUAUCAUUCCAGUAUUCUAGUGAAAUAGCAUUCUAGUAUUCUCGCAUUCUAGUAUUCUAUGAAGAGGGCCCGCUUUCGGGGGACGAUUGUCGUUCUCGGUGAGUAGAAGGUAGAUUAUUGUAGCAAUAGACUAUUCUCUCAUAUCAGGCAAUUUUUGGCAGAGUCAAAAGCAGGUGGGCCAUGCAGUCAAAGAAGCUUUGCACGAUUCAAUUGCCCCUGCUUGCAAGUGCACGCUAAAAAAUUCAAUCUGAAAGGACACCACUACCGACGGUCAAAAUCUGGGUUCCACAUUCGCGUGACAAACACUCUGCGAAAGCCAGCUUUAG